UCUUAUUGGAAUCUAGGGCAUGGCCGGUAAUGGCAAGACAACCCUUGCAGAAGAAGUAUUUAAGAAACUACAAUCUGAAUAUGAUGGUUGUUAUUUUCUAGCCAAUGAAAGAGAAAAAUCAAGUAAACAUGGAAUAGAUUCUUUGCAGAAAGAAAUUUUUUCUAGACUUUUAGAAAAUGUUGUGAAAAUAGACAAUCCAAAUGCAUUUCCUAUUGAUGUUGAUAGAAGAAUUGGUAGUAUGAAAGUUCUUAUUGUUCUCGAUGAUGUUAAUGAUUCAGAUCACCUAGAAAAAUUACUGAGAACUCCUUAUAAGUUUGGAUUAGGUAGUAGAAUAAUUGUAACAACCAGAUAUGUGCAAGUGCUUAACGCUAACAAAGCUAACGAGACAAACCAGCUUGGAGAGUUCAGUUUAGAUAAAGCCCUUGAACUUUUCAAUUUGAAUGCCUUUAAGCUAAGUGAUCAUCAAUGGGAGUACGAUGAACUAUAAAAAAGGGUGGUCAAUUAUGCCAAAGUCAAUCCAUUAGUUCUUAAAGUCUUGGCUCAACUUCUUUGUGGAAAAAUUAAGGAAGAAUGGGAAGGUAUGCUAGACAC